AUGAAAUUACCUUGGAUUGUCUACAAUGUUCUGCUGGUCGCUGUCUGCACAACGUACCCCUCCUGCUUCGCACAAGGGGCCACUGUUAUCACCUCAUUACUGACGAUAGAAACCAUAAUCACCAAUCGGUACACAUCAUUGCUAGCCGCAACGGUCACUCAACCGCCAAUCACAGUGACUCAGAUCAUAUCAGCUCCGGUAGGGCCUGCGUCUACAGCGGCCUCUCUUCCUCCCCCCACCCUUCAGCUAGCUCCGGUACAACUUGCGCCUACUCCAGCCGCCAGUCCUCCACCCAUCGUUCAGCCGGGUUUAGUAGUGCCUGCACCUCCUGCGGCCGCUUAUCCUGUGCCCGUCGUUCCGCCAGUUCAGCCGGUUCAGCCCGGCGGGAAGGUGUCGCAUGGUGGUCUCAGCGUACCAAACCCGUUUGAUGCGGUGGGCAAUAUUGUUGGCGGUGCGGCGAACGCUGCUGGAGGUAUUGUUGGCGGCGCAGCUAAUGCUGCUGGUGGUAUUGUGAAAGGUGGAGCUGGGCUUGCUGGCCAAGCUGUCGAUGCAGCUGGCAAUGUUGCUGGAGGUGUGCUCGGGGGAACCCAUCCGCCACCGUUACCAGUGCCGGUACCGGUGUCCAUGCCAGGGGCACCAGGGAUUCCAGGGGCCCCCAGUGUUCCAGGAGUCGUGGGAGUAGGAGCCCUACCAGGGAUUCCGGCAGCUCCAGGGAUACCAGGCCUGCCGGCGGUUCCAGCUAUCCCUUCUGGGGAACCCGUACCGGUUAUUACCAGCCCCUGCACCUGUCCCUGUCCCUGUACCUGCCCCAGGGUCAGUGCCAGAUUCCCAGGAAACUUUACCACUGGAAUUUCCUCUUCCUGCUCCUCCGACUCUUGGUCCUGGGCCAACAAUACCGUCGGGGCUAUUGACGAUUCCUAG